AUGAAAUCAUUUGGCAUAGUACUGAGUAUAAUCAGCAUAAUCUGUGUAAUAGGCAGUUGUUACGGUAAAAAUAAUCGCUAUAGUAAAUCAUGCUUCGUGAGAUAUCUACUGAAAACCAAUCAGAUUGAUGCAAAAUAUAAGAAAUUCAUCAACGAUGCCGAAGUCUCUCCAAAUGAUUGUGAAAUGGCAGUUAACUUAACUCUCGAUGCUAUUCGAACAGCAUCAAAAGAACCGUGCAUUGCUAGCUUUCUUAAGAAAAAAGAUGUUGCGGAAGUUUUAUUGAGGAAAUUUUUAAUGCCACAGCUGGACAAUGGAGACAAGCAAGUUGUAAUAUUUGACGAUCAAUUCACAGAAUUCAGGAGAAAAAUUGUCGAUAUUUCAUCAGUCGUCUGCAAUAAUCCAAAAAUCUUCAGACCAGACGUCGCUAAACUCAUGCGUGAAGCAAAAUCCCACAAAGAAUCCAAGGCACGUGAGCUUAAAUGCCUCGAAAUUUACAUUAAAAAGCCAGCAAAUCAAAUUCUCACCGAUGAGUGUAAGAAAGUCGUCGAUUACGUAAGAAAAGACUUUUAUGGGAAAAUGGAUAGCGACAUGAAGACAUCAUUUGCAGCACCAAACGAUCAGCUGUUGAAAAUGGAAUGUGUCAAGGAGAAAGCAGAACAAUUUAAAAUGUUUGAACGAGUUUUCUUCUUUGUUGUGCUGUCAACAUCUCGAGACAUGAAUGACAAGCAGAUAAAUGCAGUCGCAAAAAAUGCUGACAUUGCUAUAAAUAGUUCUCAGAAGGUUAUAUUUGAGUGUAUGGUUUAAUUUAUGUUUGUUUGGAAGGAUUCGAGGAUUAGACACUGCUUAAAAUUGUAA